AUGGCUCGCACCAAGCAGACCGCCCGCAAGUCCACUGGUGGCAAGGCUCCUCGCAAACAGCUUGCCUCCAAGGCUGCCCGCAAGAGCGCCCCCUCCACCGGUGGCGUCAAGAAGCCUCACCGCUAUAAGCCUGGUACCGUCGCUCUCCGUGAGAUUCGUCGCUACCAGAAGUCCACCGAGCUCCUGAUCCGCAAGCUCCCCUUCCAGCGCCUGGUCCGUGAAAUCGCCCAGGACUUUAAGAGCGACCUCCGCUUCCAGUCUUCCGCCAUCGGCGCCCUCCAGGAGUCCGUCGAGUCCUACCUCGUCUCUCUCUUUGAGGACACCAACCUGUGUGCCAUCCACGCCAAGCGUGUCACCAUCCAGCCCAAGGACAUUCAGCUUGCCCGUCGCCUCCGCGGUGAGCGCAACUAA